AUGGCCGCCAUGAAGAAGAUCGUGGUGAAGCUGGAACUGCACUGCGACAGGGAGAAGCAGAAGGCGAUCAAGACCGUCUCCACUCUCUGUGGUAUUGACCAGAUCGUCGUGGACACGAAGGACGGCAAGAUGACGGUCGUGGGCACAGUCGACCCCGUCGACGUCGUCUGCAAGCUGCGCAAGUGCUUCUGCUCGGUGUGGAUGGUCUCCGUCGGCCCGGCCAAGGAGGAGGAGAAGAACAAUGAGGGCGGCGGGGACAAGAAGGUCGGCGACACGAAGGGCGCGUGCACGGCCAUCCCAGUGCGCCAGCCGUGCUACCCGCCGCCUCACCACCCGCACCCGUGCUACUUCGUCCACCACACCGAGGAGCACCCCCACGAGUGCGUCAUCUGCUGA